AUGGGAGUUGUAAUUGCCUUCGGCCUUGUCGAAGAGGGUGAGCCUUCGUAUGAGCAGUUCUCAUACUUAUACAGUGUCACCAAGUCUAAGAGUGCGGACCAUGGGGUGCCUUCCUCGCAUAAGUCAUGGAGGAAUCAAAGGGUACUUCUGUCUGGUGACUGGGAGUCACCUUCGGAUAGGCCCGUUCGGUUCCUUAUUCCUACCGUAUUCCAGAUUGCCGGUAAAAUGAAGCAGCCUACUCCCAUCAGGGCGAACACACAGAAGGUGGAGAGAGUGAGGAGCAAGGUGUCGGUUGCCGAUCGCUUCUACCCGGACUUCCUCUUCACAACCAAUUUGAUAAAAGCACGCCUAAUUGAUUUGGCAGAGAGUAAGUUAGCAUCUCAUUACCGCUCGGUAUGGGCCAUUUGCCUAUUGUUGAUGCUCUUUUUGGGAGGUCAACUUAGAGAGAGGUGGAUAGUCUUCAGCAGGGGAGAAGGUGAGGACCUUCGGUAA